AUGAGUUUUCCAUACCCUUUACCAACUACGGGAUCAAUAUCAUUUGCUGAUUUUCUCCAAGAUGCAGAUAACAAAUAUUAUACCGAGAUAUCAGAGGCGACUGCUCAGAGAGGCAGAUUGAGACUGGAUUUGAAGGAAGCUAAAAGAGCGGAGGGCGCGAAGGACUACAAUAAAAUUAUACAAGCAAUUGAUGAUUAUCUGCCGUAUCUGCUGGCGAUUGUCGACUGUUUGGAAAGCGGUGAGGUGAAAUUGAGGAAGGAAAUAGAAACAUCAUGGCGCUGUUCGUUGAGUGACUCGAUACUAAGGGAGAAACCACGGGUUGCAUGCAAAGGAAUCUAUUAUGAAUUGAUUUUCGUUCUGUUAACGUACGGAUACGCUUGUUCCAAUUGGGCAUCGAGUAUUAUAAGCAGACAGUCAGAACAAGAAGACGCCGAUUUCGCGGCAAAACAAGCUGCUAAUCUGCUAUGUAGAGCUGCGGGUGUGUUCGCGUAUAUUUCCAAACAAGUAUGUCCAAAGUGGGAGAAUCCACCUUCAUCGAGACCCCCUGAUGUCUACAGCGAUAUUUCAGCGUCCCUAUCAAAAGUUGUCUUGGCGGACGCUUCAUCCAUUGCCAUUCGGAAACAUGCGACACAAAGGUCGUCGUCGUCUCUUUCGGGAAAGCUGGCGAUAGGUAUAGCUGGAGAGUACGAAACUGCCAAUGGGUUAAUUAAAAGUCUUAAAGAUCCGUCUAAAGUCUGUACGGAAUUUAAGAAAUACGUCGUCAAUGGAGCGCUAUUCCAUCAGGCACUUGGCAAGAAAUUCCUGGCCAAAGAUGCCAGCGAACACCAAGCGAAUGGUCAGGCGGUCGGAUUCAUAACCGAGGCUAAAGACAUAUUUCGACAACUAUCGAAAUCCAAGUCUUCGGCUAUUUCCGAGCAAGCGGCUCAAGAAUACGCUGAAACGAGUGAACUGUGUCAUACCUACACCAAGAACAACAAUACGUAUUCAUUUGAUAGAAUCCCUUCCAAAGCCGACCUGCAGACACUUACGCCAGGAGGACGAAUGGCGUUAGACCUGACCAAAUACACACCACCAAAACCAGCAUUUGGGCCCAAAAAAGAUGAAGCUCGCGAAGGUGAUGAUCUCCUAGGUGGAAAGUACUACUAA